AUGUCAUUCAACCUUAAAAACUACAAAAAUGAUCUGCUAUUUUUACCACUUGGAGGAGCAAAUGAAAUAGGCAUCAAUGUUAAUUUGUAUCAUUAUAAAGGAAAAUGGUUAAUGGUUGAUUGCGGAAGCGGCUUUGCAGAUGAUUAUUUGCCAGGGGUUGAUAUGGUAGUUGCUGAUAUCCGUUUUAUAGAAAAAUACAAAAAUGAUUUAGUCGGAUUAGUCCUGACGCAUGCCCAUGAAGAUCAUUUAGGUGCUGUUCAAUAUUUAUGGAGUAAUCUAAGGUGUCCAAUAUAUGCUACAACUUUUACAGCAAAUUUUCUAAAACUAAGAUUAGCUGAAUAUGAUUUUACUAAAGAUAUUAAGAUUUAUACGGUAAGCCCUGCGGCUAAAAUAGAUCUGGAUCCUUUUCAGCUAGAAAUGGUACCAUUAACUCACUCCGCUCCAGAAAUGCAAGCACUUAUGAUCAGAACAGAAGCGGGAAAUGUUCUGCAUACAGGGGAUUGGAAAUUUGAUGAGGACCCAGUGCUUGGAGAAAAAGUGGAUGAAGAAUUAUUAAAAUCUUACGGGGAUGAAGGCGUUCUAGCGUUAGUUUGCGAUUCGACGAACGUAUUUAAUGAAGGCGUCUCGGGAUCUGAAGGAACAGUACGAAAAAGUUUAGUAGAUAUUAUAGCUGGCUGCCCUAAAAUGGCAGUAGUAACAACCUUUGCCUCAAACUUAGCACGGCUUGAUACUUUAAUUCAUGCAGGUCAACUUGCCGGGAGAAAAGUUGUAUUAACAGGAAGAAGUUUACACAGAAUUUUACAAGCGGCUCAGGAAAGUGGUUAUAUGCAAGAUAUUUUACCAUUAGUGGAUGAGCGUGAUAUAGCGAGAUUUAAAAGAGAAGAGUUGUUAAUUAUUGCCACUGGUUGUCAGGGGGAACCACUAGCUGCUACUGCUAAAAUGGCUAAUAAUAGUCAUCCCAACGUCAAGUUAGCUCCAAAAGAUACUAUUAUCUUUUCUUCAAAAAUUAUUCCGGGGAAUGAAAAGAAAAUUUUCCGCUUAUUUAAUAUCUUCGUAAGGUUAGGGGUUGAAGUAAUUACAGAACGAGAUCAUUUUGUGCAUGUUUCUGGUCAUCCUGCUAUUGAAGAGCUUAAACGUAUGUAUCAACUUGUCAGACCGCAAAUUUGUGUACCCGUACAUGGAGAGCCUGUGCAUAUCCACGAGCAUGUAAAAUUAGCGCGUAAAAAUGGGAUAAAACAGGCGGUUGAGGUAGAAAAUGGUAGUGUAUUAUUACUUGAUGCUUAUAAUCCACAAAUUAUAGCGAAAGUAGAAACAGGAUAUUUGGCUGUUGAUGGCAACUAUCUUUUACCUACUGAAUCACCAAUUUUUAAGAUGCGUCGUCGGCUACGAGAAGCCGGGGUAGCGGUUAUUUCGUUAUUAAUUAAUAGAAAAGGGAGGUUAAGUUGUAGACCAAUUGUCACAAUGCCUGGUCUUCUCGAUCUUAAUGACGAUGCUCAGUUAAUUAAUAUUAUAAAAGAUGGUAUUGCUAACGUUAUAGAAGUGCAAGCGCAGUCGAUUAAAGGUAAAAUAUUUAAUGAACAAAUUGAAAGUGCUGUAAGAUCUUUUAUACGGAAAACGUUAAAACAGGAGAUCAAUAAAACUCCAAUUAUCAUAAUUAAUAUAGAGCAAGUUAGAGAUUUAGGAAUACAGUAA